AUGCGCGAAGUUGUCUCCAUCCAUCUUGGACAGGCCGGGGUACAAAUCGGUAACGCCUGCUGGGAACUGUACUGUCUGGAGCAUGGGAUACAGCCUGAUGGACAGAUGCCAUCGGACAAGACAAUCGGCGGCGGCGAUGACUCUUUUAACACGUUCUUCAGCGAGACGGGAUCAGGGAAGCACGUCCCUCGAGCGGCAUUUUUAGACCUAGAGCCUACAGUCGUUGAUGAAGUGAGAACUGGAACUUAUCGUCAGCUCUUUCAUCCGGAGCAGCUAAUAUCAGGUAAAGAAGACGCGGCAAACAACUACGCUAGAGGACAUUACACGAUUGGGAAAGAGGUCGUGGAUCUUGUGCUGGACAGAAUUAGGAAACUGGCUGACUUGUGCACGGGUCUUCAGGGCUUCUUCGUGUUCCACAGCUUUGGCGGAGGCACAGGCUCUGGCUUCACGUCGCUGCUCAUGGAAAGACUGUCUGUCGACUACGGUAAAAAGUCAAAAAUCGAGUUCUCCAUAUACCCAGCCCCACAGAUUUCAACGGCCAUUGUGGAACCGUACAACUCCAUUUUAGUAACACACACCACGCUAGAGCAUUCUGAUGUUUCCUUUCUUGUUGACAACGAGGCGGUUUAUGACGUCUGCAGGCGAAAUUUAGAUAUCGAAAGGCCAACAUACACCAACCUAAACCGACUAAUUGCCCAGAUCGUUUCAUCCAUAACAGCUUCCCUGAGGUUUGACGGGGCUCUUAAUGUAGACCUUUUAGAAUUUCAGACGAAUCUUGUUCCCUAUCCCAGAAUCCAUUUUCCCCUAGUCAACCAUUCGCCGAUCAUCUCCGCGGAGAAGGCUUACCAUGAACAACUGAGCGUAGCUGAAAUAACCAACGGAUGUUUCGAACCUGGUAACCAGCUUGUCAAAUGUGACCCACGCCACGGCAAAUACAUGUCGUGUAUCCUUCUGUAUAGGGGUGAUGUGGUACCCAAGGAUGUCAAUGCUGCGAUUGCCACAAUCAAGACCAAACGAACAAUUCAGUUUGUUGACUGGUGCCCCACGGGCUUCAAGGUGGGCAUCAAUUACCAGCCUCCGACUGUUGUUCCUGGAGGGGACCUCGCAAAAGUUCAAAGGGCGGUGUGCAUGUUGAGCAAUACGACGGCCAUAUCUGAAGCCUGGGCCAGAUUGGACCACAAGUUCGACUUGCUCUAUGCCAAAAGAGCGUUCGUUCACUGGUAUGUUGGCGAGGGCAUGGAAGAAGGCGAAUUUUCAGAAGCUCGCGAGGAUCUGGCUGCUUUGGAGAAGGAUUAUGAAGAAGUCGGAUUAGACUCGGUUGCAGAAGAGGGCGAGGGCGAAGGAGAAGAAUAUUAG